ACGGACGUGUGAGGUCACGGGGUCCGCGUUGCUGUUGCGCGGCAGCAGGCGCUGAUAACGUCCGCGUCCCUCGCAGAUCUGGUUCCCUUCGUCUCACUGGUGCAAGCGGGAGAUUAUUUGGGGAGGGCUCCGGGUCUUGUGUGUUUCUGUGAAAGACCUAGAUACUCCUUCCCCGGAACGGGAGGGCGGUCCGGUCCUAGUGCCCGCUAGAUACCUAGGGCUGUGGGGCGGACCGAGGCUGUGGCCCCGGCUAAGCGUGACCUCGCUCCGCGAAGCGCCCGCGGGCAGCUGAUGGCCGAACGCAUCCUGGGAAAGACUUUAGCCACAGUGUCUCUCUCUGUGGCCUUGGCCUCUGUGACUGUCAAGUCCUCAGGCUGUUGCAGCAUUCUGGCGUGCAGAAACACAUUUUCAUCCUGUGGGUUUCAUCUUAGCUCAAACAUCAUGUCUAGUUCUAAUGGUGCCAAAGAGAAUUCCCACAACAAGGCUCGGACAUCUCCUUACCCGGGUUCAAAAGUCCAACGCAGCCAGGUUCCUAAUGAGAAAGUAGGCUGGUUUGUUGAGUGGCAAGACUAUAAUCCUGUGGAAUACACUGCAGUCUCUGUCUUGGCAGGACCAAGGUGGGCAGAUCCUCAGAUCAGUGAAAGUAACUUCUCUCCUAAGUUUAAUGAAAAGGAUGGGCAUGUUGAGAGAAAGAGCCAGAAUGGUUUGUAUGAGAUUGAAAAUGGAAGACCCAGAAAUCCUGCAGGACGGACAGGACUGGUUGGCCGGGGACUUUUGGGGCGAUGGGGCCCAAAUCAUGCUGCAGAUCCCAUCAUAACCAGGUGGAAAAGGGAUGGAAGUGGAAAUAAAAUCACCCACCCCGUUUCUGGGAAAAACAUCUUACAGUUUGUGGCAAUAAAAAGGAAAGACUGUGGAGAAUGGGCAAUCCCAGGGGGGAUGGUGGAUCCAGGAGAGAAGAUUAGUGCUACACUUAAAAGAGAGUUUGGUGAAGAAGCUCUCAACUCCUUACAGAAAUCCAGUGCGGAAAAGAGAGAAUUAGAGGAACAGUUGCACAAACUCUUCAGCCAGGAACAUCUAGUGAUAUAUAAGGGAUAUGUUGAUGAUCCUCGAAACACUGAUAAUGCAUGGAUGGAGACAGAAGCUGUGAACUACCAUGAUGAAACAGGUGAGAUAAUGGAUAACCUUACCCUAGAAGCUGGAGACGAUGCUGGAAGAGUGAAAUGGGUGGACAUCAGUGAUCAACUCCAGCUUUAUGCCAGUCACUCUCAAUUUAUCAAACUUGUGGCCGAGAAGCGAGAUGCACACUGGAGUGAGGACUCUGAAACUGAGUGCCGCGGGUUGUAGCCCGCAUUGCUGUGGGAGCCACAGGCCAGCAAAGGGGCGCGUGCUGAAAAGAAGGGAGGUAUCACAGAGCUCAUCCUACAGGAGGGCAGGGUCGGUCACUUGGAAAUUAUUUUAUUCACUUUCAAAGCUAUUUGCAUUUAUUCUAUUCGCAUUAGAAUAAAAUUAGUAAAUAUGGUGAAAUUCAACACAGAAUUUUCUGCUUUCUGAUCGAAAGAAAUAUAAACAAUCAUUUUGUAUGUAUUCUAUUUAAGCAGAGCUUAAACCAAGUCUAAACAACUGGUGAUCUUUGAAGAAUCAUAAUCUGAAUAAAGAUAAAUUUAUGGUCACCCAUAACUUCUGUUUUCCAUCUAGUUCUUAUUUUUCAGUUCUGUUCUUUUUUUUUCUAUUGAUCUACUGGUGUCUGAAGGAUGUUCCUGCCACAUCAGGCUCCUUUAGGAGGAGCACCACCAUUGUCUAAUUUAUCUUUAAAUUAUUUGCUUCAUAUUUUGUUUUAUGUGAUCUUGCUGAAGCUGAUUUCAAAAUGGAAACCUUAUGUAUUCUUGACUUUAGAGUCAUCAGUGUUUUGAGGAAAUUUCAGUCACUUUUUUUUUUAAAGAUUUUAUUUAUUUAUUUAUU